CCCGCCCGCGCCCCGCACGCCAGCCAGCCCACGACCGAGCGCGGCGGCAGGCUGCGGGCUGCGGGCUGCGGAGACAGACUCGGCUCUGCGCGCUCCCGGCCGGCGCUCGCCACCCGGGCUGACUCGCUCGCUCCCGGCCGCUCGGCCAGAGCGGGGUCCCGGUCCGCAGCCGCCGCGCGAGCCCCCGGCCGGCGUUCCGGCGCCCACCGGCCCUCGCCGCCUCUCCGCCCCCUCAGUUCCCGGGAAGGGAGGUCGCGGCAGCGGCCCGGCGGCAGCGGUGACCGUGGCGUCCGCGGCGACAGUGGCGGCCGAGGUCGCCGCAGCGGAGGCGGCGGCGGCGGCGGCGGCGGAGGCGGCGGCGGCGACCGUGGCGGAGGCCGUGGCGGAGGCCUCCGUGGCGGAGGCGGAAGCGGAGGUGGAGGCUGAGGUGGAGGCCGAGGCGGCGGCGGAGGCCAGCCUGGGGGAGGCGGCGGCGGCGGCGGCCCUGGCCCGGGAAAAGGCAGAGGCCGGCGGCGCGGCGGCGGCGGUGGCAGCCACGGAGGCCAGCCUGGCGGAGGCCAGCCUUGAGGAGGCCAGCCUGGCGGAGGCUGCGGCGUCGCCUUCCUACGGGAGGGUGGAUAUGGACGAAGAGCUGGCGGCGGCCUUGGCUGCAGAAGAGGAGGAGGCGGCGGCCGGGGGCUCGGACGAUGGGAACCCAGACUUUCCCACGGCCUCGCUGUACGUGGGCGACCUGCACCCCGAGGUGACCGAGUCCAUGCUGUAUGAGAAGUUCAGCCCCGCCGGGCCCAUCCUGUCCAUCCGCCUGUGCCGGGACAAGGUCACCCGGCGCUCUCUGGGCUACGCAUAUGUCAACUACCAGCAACCGGUGGACGCCAAGCGGGCCCUGGAGACCAUGAACUUUGACGUUAUAAAUGGCAGGCCAGUGCGCAUCAUGUGGUCCCAGAGGGACCCGUCGCUCCGCAAGAGCGGGGUGGGCAACGUCUUCAUCAAGAACCUGGGCAAGACCAUCGACAACAAGGCGCUGUACAACAUCUUCUCGGCCUUUGGCAACAUCCUGUCCUGCAAGGUGGCCUGUGACGAAAAGGGGCCCAAGGGCUACGGGUUCGUGCACUUCCAGAAGCAGGAGUCGGCCGAGCGGGCCAUAGAUGCGCUGAAUGGCAUGUUCCUGAACUACCGCAAGAUUUUCGUGGGGAGAUUCAAGUCCCACAAGGAGAGGGAGGCCGAAAGGGGAGCCUGGGCCCGCCAGUCCACCAGCGCUGACUUCAAGGAUUUCGACGACGACUCGGAUGACGAGGCCACCUUCCGAUGAAGAAGACAUCCCAGGACCCAGCCAGUAGAGCCAAAUCUUGGCUCCCACCCCGUUUACAGCCCCCCACCCCCCAACCCACCAGCAGUGUAUUGUAUUGGGAGUGCAGGUUUCUCUCUCCCCCUUCCCCUUCACCCCUCCCUGCUCACUUUUCCUCUUUCCUUCCCUCCCUCUCUUGCCCUCUCCCUCUCUCUCCCCUCCCCCUCCUUCCCCCACCCCCCUCAGAGCUAGCUAGCUUCCCCAUCCCCUCUCUGCUCUCAGCUCCUCUCUUCUUCUGUCCUCUCCUUCCCUCCCUUUCUCCCCAACCCCAGCAAGGGCCCCUUGCUAGAGCAUAAUCCCACUAAUCUGUGCCAUUGGAGAGGUUAAAGGCUGCCUCUUCUCCCGGUGGUGGUCGGUCUGUUUCUUAAAAGCGUUUUUUCUGUCUCUUUGUUUACUGCACAGGUGAUGCAACUCAUGGUAGAAAUGUCUGGAGAAGGAGAAGGAAGUCUGAUGUGGGAGAAAGAAGCAAGAGUCUAAUUGCUUCCCACCAUCCUAAUACCCAGAGAGAAGCUCUAUCUUCUUUGGUGUGCUGUUUUUCCAGGCUCUCUGCUCCCCGCUCUCUCCCUCUCGCCCCAGACCCCACUUCCCUUCUAACAUUCUUGUAGAGUGGUUCAUGUAUGUGGUGUUUCUUAACCUGCUUUUUCCAGCGACUAAAACCAAACAGAAAUCAACGCGUUGAACUUCUUUACCAUGCUAUUCAACAGGCUUAUGGACCGUCAUCUUCAGUGCCUGCAGAGUGCUCCUGUGUAUCCAUGGACCUUAACAUUUCUGUAAUCAUUCCUGCAUUGUUGGACAUUCAGGUGGUGCCUAGUUCUUUCCCUGUGUUUAAAACCAACACUGUGUGCCCUGAGGAGUGAAUCCUUCCUUGUCAAGCCAAUCUAGGCUAGCAUCCUGGAUGCUCUCUCCUUAACUGUGGACUUGCAGGAUCCACAUAUAGACGUUUCAAAGACUUUCCCUGUGUGUUGCCAAAAGGCUCCCUUUCAUAAGCAUUGUACCACUUUGUAUUUGUGCCAGCCAGCCAGUGCAGCUAGUAAAAAGAAAAAACAAAACAAAACAACAAAACAAAACAAAACGGUAUGCUCAUGUCCCCUGCAGUCUCAUGGUCCACUGUACCUGACUCAGUCUCUCUCUCUCUCUCUCUCUCUCUCUCUCUCUCUCUCUCUCUCUCUCUCUCUCUCUCUCUUUCUGUGUGUGUGCGCGCGCGCGCGUGCGCACGUGCCUGGUCAAUCUCGUGAGCUGCAAAUGGCAUUUUCACUGUUUUGGCUGUUUCACUGGAAUUGAAUGCUGUUUACCACCCCUUUCCUGCGUUCCUGCUUCCUUCCCUUUUCCCUCUUGCCAGAAAAAUAAAACAGCUAUGUUGCAGGAAAAAACAAAAUUACUAAGCCGAUGAUUUCACAGAAGAAAUGGAAUGCUAGAAUGCUAUCAGCAAUCAAUCCUAAGGACCCCCAUGCCUUCUUGAAUUGUAUUCAUCUCUAUGUGCCCAGUGUUUUUCAUGUGAUAUAUGUGUAUUUAAUAUAUACAAAUUUCAAUAUCUGCUUUUUCAUGCAUAAAUAUAAUAUAGAUUAUAGACAUAGAUGUAUAGAUAUUCUUGAACUUCCUUUCGUUGUCAUUAAAUAUUCUUUUAAAAUA